UUAUCUGGAUUAUUGAGAAACGUUCUUGCGUAAAAAAAUAGCGGGAAAAAUUCGAUAUUGUCUAAUUACCUUAAAAUGACAUCGUUAUCACAACCUUAGUAAAAAUUAAAUGCAGUUUUUUUGAUUGAUUAUUGACCAGUACCGAUUCUUUUCUAGUAGAUGAACAUUAAACUGCUUGGCAUCCUAAUCAAGAUCAAGAGAGAACGCUUUUCGCGCAGUUACUUCACUUCAUAGAAAAAGUGUUUUACAUUAAAUACGGAAUUUCACAUUAAAUACGGAAUUUUAAUGUUUAUUGUAUAUUUCGAAGGUAUUUUCUGAUGUAUCACGAUGUUGUUUAUUUACGUGGCGUUCUUACUUCUAUUUUUUGAGCCUUAUUAUGUUCAUGGUCUUAUAAAAUCAAAUAAACAUGAUAAAGUUAUUUGUUACGUCUCGUCUUGGGCAGCCGAUAGACCUGCAAAUGGUGCAUUUUCCUUUGAAAAUUAUCAUCCACAAUACUGCACUCACUUGAUUUAUGCAUACGCUGGUUUAAAUGCCUCAGAUUGGACAAUAAGAAGUAGAAAUCCUUGGGAAGAUAUAGAGAAAGAUGGAAUUGGCAGCUAUAGAAAGAUGACAAUGUUUCGUCAGAAAGGUAUGAAAGUAUUACUCAGUAUCGGCGGAUGGGCUGAAGGCAGCGUGAAUUUUUCGAUGAUGGCUUCAUCAGCGGAUAGUAGACAAACUUUUAUCGCCAGCACUGUGAAGUUUCUCAAAACAUACGAUUUCGACGGGCUGGACCUUUCUUGGGAAUUUCCUGGACCCCUUUUUGGUGGUGCUGAAUAUGAUAAGCACAAUUUUGUCAGCCUCGUACAGGAAUUGCGACAUGCUUUUCGCCAGUAUCAUUUUUUGUUAACGGCAGCUAUAAGCGGAUUCAAAGAAGUUAUUAUGUCGGGGUACGAUAUUCCUAAAAUUUCCAAAUAUCUCGAUUACAUUUACGUCAUGACAUAUAAUUAUCAUGUAGCAUGGAAUAAAGUGGUUUUUCCACAUACGCCAUUGAAAAGCGAAGAUCAUUUAAAUGUGGAAGAUACUAUUACGUAUUUAUUGAAAGAAGGCGCACCAGCUGAGAAAUUAGUCUUAGGACUGGCAUUGUUCGGAAGAACUUUUGUUCUUACAACUAUACCAUCAACACCAAAAAUAAAUCCGUUUGGUUUGCCCAGUCUACAGGUUGGAUUCAGAGGACCUUAUACAUUCGACGAUGGUUUCAUGGGAUUCAAUGAGAUUUGCGAGGAGUUGAUGUUACAUCCGCAUGAAUGGACAGUUGGAUGGGAUAAUUAUAGCAGCACAGCUUACGCGAUUAGAAGAGAUCGCGUUGUGGUUUACGAUAAUAACAAAGCAAUUAUGAUAAAGGUAGAAUACGCAAAAAGACAGAGACUGGCGGGUGUAAUGGUAUUUAGCAUCGACACGGACGAUUUUCGAGGACAAUGUUCGCAAUCGUUGCAAAGGUAUCCUCUAAUGAAAACUAUUAAUGAAGUUUUGACAAGGAACACGGUAUCACGCGAAGAGAAGAAAGAGCCAAACUUAUCUGUGCAAUUAUCCUCAAAUAUUAUAUUUGCACUAUUAAUCACAAUGAUUUCUUUUUCUCUUUAAACAAAUAUCUAUCUU